AUGGGUGGGAGACAAAGAAAAGAUAAAGUGGGGCAUAGCAUUAUUCGUCUUCGAAGCUGUCUUAUUCUAGCCAUGAGCAGGUUUCAGAGAUUGUCGCCAAAUGGAAGGUUUUUUAUUGCUUUUGCUGUCAAAUCACCGAUUAUACCUCUACAUACAUGGUUACCUAAUACUCAUGGAGAAGCGCAUUACAGUACUUGUAUGCUUUUAGCUGGAAUCUUAUUAAAAAUGGGAGCAUAUGGGUUAAUUCGAAUCAAUAUGGAAUUUUUACCUCAUGCUCAUUCUAUAUUUUCUCCUUGGUUAAUGAUAAUAGGCACAAUGCAAAUAGUUUAUGCAGCUUCAGCAUCUGCUGGUCAACGUAAUUUAAAAAAAAGAAUAGCCUACUCCUCUGUAUCUCAUAUGGGUUUCAUAAUUAUAGGAAUUGGUUCUAUAACCGAUACGGGACUCAAUGGAGCCAUUUUACAAAUAAUCUCACAUGGAUUUAUUGGUGCUGCUUUUUUUUUCUUGGCAGGAACAAGUUAUGAUAGAAUACGUCUUGCUUAUCUCGAUGAAAUGGGCGGAAUUGCUAUCCUAAUGAAAAAAAGUUUCAUGAUGUUCAGUAGCUUUUCAAUGGCUUCCCUUGCAUUACCGGGUAUGAGCGGUUUUGUUGCAGAAUUUAUAGUUUUUUUUGGAAUAAUUAGCAGCCAAAAAUACCUUUUAAUGACAAAAAUACUAAUUACUUUUGGAAUGGGAAUUGGGAUGAUAUUAACUCCUAUUUAUUUAUUAAAUAUGUUACGCCAGAUGUUCUAUGGAUACAAAUUAUUUAAUAUGUCAAACUCUUAUUUUUUUGAUUCAGGACCUCGAGAGUUAUUUGUUUUGAUCUCCUUUUUUUUACCCAUAAUAGGUAUUGGUAUUUAUCCCGAUUUCAUUCUUUCAUUAUCGGUUGACAAGGUCGAAGUUAUUCUAUCGAAUUUUUUUUAUAGAUAGUUUU